UAAAACUUCAUUUCCUUCCACUAACUUCCGACGCACAUAUGCCACCGCCAUGACCUCCACCGCAUCCAAAAGUCCCUCCGCUGUCCGCCACCAUCAACAACGACCGCUGCCGCCGGCGUUGACUGACGCGGACAUUGUUCAAUUAGCUCAACUAUAUCACCCGCAAUCAUCUACUCCUCUACCGGCUUUUCUUCUCUCCGAGGACUCUCACCAGACCCUCGUAUCCUAUCUCCACUCACGAGCCUCUUCUCCUAACCCCUCACUCGCCGUCUCCGAAUACCUCUCAGCUCUUCUCUCCCUUACCCAACUCCACACUUCACUUUCCCCUCUCGUCCCUCUUCUUCUUUCUUCCUACAUUUCCCUCUACACAUCCCAUAAAAUCCCCCACGACAAAUCCUCUCUCUCCAUUUUCCAACUCUUCGUGACUCAUAUUGUAACAGUUCAGGUUCAAGAAUUACUGGCAAUAGUCGAAUUGAUUAUAUCUUAUUUACCUCGGAUUAUUGAUUCUGAGGAUACCCAUAUUCUAGCUAUAUUUGCUAAAUGUAUUGAGCUGAUCAGAUUUUCAAAUGAAAUCGGUAAGCCUUUGGAAUAUGUUGAUAAGGUGUUUGAUAAAAUGCUUAGCUGUGAUUGGAGUAAGGUUUUGUUGUUAAAAUUGGUAGAAAUUGUUAAGGAUUUGAAUUUUAUUGGGAAGGGGAAAAGGAAGGAAUUUUUGGAGAGGGUGUUUAGUGGAAUGAAGAAUGUGGACUUACAGGAUUUGCCUGGGUUGGUGUAUCAAUUGUUGGUAUUGGGAUCAAAGGGUUUUGGUAAGAAGGAAGUUAUCGAAGGGAUUGUGAUGUACUUUGGUGGGGUGAAGUCAGGUGGUUCAAUAAUGAGGCAAGUUGAAGGGACUGUGUUGCUUCAUGUGAAUUUUGCUGUGAAGCAAAAUCCUUCUUUGGGACAAGAGGUGUUAGGGCUAGUGAGGUCUGAUUAUCGAGUGUUUAAUCAUUUUACUGUUGCAAUAUUGUUGUCAGUUGCUAGAGUGAAGAGACUCACUGAGAGCUCUAUUGGGGUUCUGAAAACAUCACUUUUUGCUGCUUAUAAAGACUUGAAAUUUGCCAGGAGCUGUAAAUGGCUAUCAUGUGACUUGAAGGAACACUAUUUGCAUACUUACAAAGGCAUGGAGAAUGCAGUGCUAAGAGCUGUUGGUGAGAGCAAUUGUGGAAGAGAACAUGUGGUUCCAAGUAUUGUACAGCUUGGAUUUGUGUUGCUCGAAGGAAUUGAAGAAGGAAGUAAAUUUUUUGAUAAGUCUGAUGAUGUGAUGGGUCCUGACGAGCUUGGUGCUCAGGUUCUCAAGAGUUUAUUUGAGGUUCAUGAUAUGGCAAGAAGUGAGAUAAUAGAGCAAUGCAAAUUACGUAUCCUCUCUUUAAAGCCUGAACAAGGCUUUCCUGUUAUAAGACUGCUUGGUUGUCUUAUCCAUACUUUUACAUACCCAAUGUUGGAGCACAUUUCACAUCUUAAGGAAUUGUUGGAUUAUUUCACAUUCAUGAAUGACAAGGUCUCAUCUCAUCUUGUUGCUGCCCUUUUGCCUCUUAGCAGAUUAAGCCGUGAUCUUGAGGACUAUACCAUUUUGGUCUUGCGUAAAGCAAUGUUUAGACAAGAAGACUCAAUCCGUCUUGCUGCAACAAGUUCAAUUGUCAAUUUGAUAUUGGCUGAAAAACAAUCAACGAAAGAUGGAUCAUUUUCUUGUCAAGACUCAAGCAGUCAAGCUAGUAGCAGCCAGCAAGCUGAAGUUUUCCGUACACUUGGUUCCAGUCUUUUCCAGGAGCUAAAUGGUUUGUUACAGAGGUGCCUCUUUCAACAGGCAAAGGUCAGAGAGAUUCUAUAUCGUGGACUUCUUAAGCUUGUAUUGGUGGAUCCUUUAACUUCUGGGGCUGUUUUUGAUUUUCUCUUCCCUCAUUUCUUGCGAUUUUACAGAGAGGAUGCAGAUGUUCUACUGGAUGUUAACCAAUGUACUAAAUUAGAGAGUGGGAAGGUGUAUAUUCAAGAGCCACUAGACUGCCUUCUCUCCUGUAUCUCCUGGAUGCUUCUUCUUCAGCCACAUGGGAAAGCCGACCAUCCUUCAGAUUCAUGGACUUGCUUUGGCUUCUCUCUGACACAAGAGAAUGAGCAGGCUGGAAAAGCAUGGUCCAAAGGGUCACUGUCCAAUGCAUUAUUAAAGAUUCGAAACUACCUAAGAAAUGCAGAUAUGGAAGGCUUACUCAGCAAAACUCAGGAUACAGACUCUAGUCACUUGGAAGGGGAAAAACGGAGAUGUUGUUCUUCAAUUUUAUUAGGAAUAAUUGAGGUGAUGUUGAAUAUAGUUGGGACUGAGUUUGGGAAAACAACUGAUGGGAAAAAGUUGGAGUUGGAAAAAGAACUGUUUGACUUUAUUGGUAUAUUUGAAUCUCUGGACCAAAACAUAUGUAGGCAGGGUGGUGGUUCAACUCAAAGAGGUUCUAUACGGACCACUGCAAGCAAUGCUUCAGAGGAGCUUGAAUUUAGUGGCAGUAAAUUAUGUCCAGAACGAGUUCCUCUGUUAGCAACUUCAAUUAUCUAUCAGCUAUUGCAAAGCACUGUAGAAUCAUGGAGAUGUGAUGGUUUUAACAACAAUGUGGCCUCUCAAAAGCAUAGCCAAUCAUCAUCUGGAAAGGCACCGACUCAGUAUUAUAAAAUUCUUUCUUUUACUCUUAACAUUUGCCUUCGUCAGCUAAAAGCAUCCUCUGUUAUGCGACAGCAAGAUCCUCUAAAAAUGUUGAUCUAUGGGGAGAUCAAGCAGUUGGGCUCCCCUUUGCUGAAAAUGAUUUGGUGCCUCCUCUCUGAACCAAAAUCUAUGAUUGAUAGUAGGAAAAAAGAUGCUUAUAUGAAAAAAGAUCUUGAUGACAGGAAGGAAUAUAUCCAUUUGGGACUUCUUUCCUUGAAAGAAUUGCUGGCAGUAAUGUUGCAUGAGUUGGAUUAUUCUGUUCUUAUAGAUGCCUUGGCUACAGUUUCUGGUCCUGGGGAUGAAGGAGGCAAUACUAUGGAUGGCCACCGUGAUACCGAAUGCGAAAAAGCUGAUGACAUUCCUUACAAAUAUACAAGUGAAGAAUUAUUCAUCAAAAACAGCAUAAGGCCGCUGAUUUCUAUGCUGCUUGCACGCUCUUUCUUCCGUGAAGUUGAGGUUCUUUGUGAUGUUAUCAUGUUAAUUAGCAAUAAACUGCCAGAGGAACAAAGGAAUCUUGUUGGUAAUUGGGCUAAAUGCAUCUGCAAGAUUAGUAAAACAUCAAAUCCCAAGGCUGCUAAAAGUAUUGUAUCUAUUGCUAUAUUGUUAACUUCACCACCAAACGACUUAAUUAUUGCCGAAGACAUGGCUGCAGAGCUUUUAAAAGUGGUGGGAUCAGAAUCAGAAUCAGAAAGAGGAGAUUCACAAGUGACACUGGAUGCGUAUUCAAUUAUAAACAAAUCAACUAGUGCCCCACUAGCUUCACUAAUACUGGACUUAGUCGAAUCAGUUAUUUAUGAAACUGAAUGGGUCAUAAUGAAACUGAAGAUAUACUCUCUUCCAAAUAUGAGAGCUGUUUUGGUUAAUCAAAAGGGUAAAAAGGAUACACGAUUGGCGCUUGAAGAGACUGUUUAUUCAAGAGCAGAAGCUGUUGUAAAAGUGUUAUCUUCUUUUGUAAAGAUGAACCUUAAGGAUCCUCAGGCAGAGCAGUUGGUGAAGUUAGCUGCAAGGUUUUACAAGAACUUAGCCCGAAUGUCAAAGCUUCUAAUUGCUUCCAAAGGUGUGCAGCAACCUUUACCAAGCCUCAAGUACCAAAAGCUUGUGGAAAUAACUUGCAGGCAACUAACAGCUCCUCUCUACAAUUUUGUGCGGCUGAUGCAAAUGAAACAACUAGACAGCACGAAAUCAAAAGCACUCGUCAGCAAAAUCAAAAGGGAGAACAGAUGCAUUCCAGACUUGGUUUACCAAAUAGAAGACUGUGAGAAAUAUCUCAUACAAAUUAGCAAGGCAACAAAAAUAAAUUUGCUGAGGCAUGCAAAAAGAAGCACCUCCAGGGACUUCAAGAUAAUAGAACCACAAAAUUUUCCUGUAGAAGAAGAUGCUGGAAUCCAAGAUGCAGACAAUAAUGGUGCAGCAAGAGGUGACAGAGAAUCAUCAGAAAACCUUCGUGAUGAAGGACAUGGAGUAGAAGAUGAUUCAGUGGCCAGUGCUCAUGAUGAUGAUGAAGGAAAUGAAGCGGAAGAGGCUUACAAUAGUCCACGUGGAGUAGAAGAUGAUUCAGUGGCUGGUGCUUUUGAUGAUGAUGAAAGAAAUGAAGUGGAGGCGGCAUACAAUAGUCUACAUGGAGUAGAAGAUGAUUCAGUGGCCGCUGCUUUUGACGAUGAUGAAGGAAAUGAAGUGGAGGAGGCAUACAGUAGUCCACAUGGAGUAGAAGAUGAUUCAGUGGCCGCUGCUUUUGAUGAUGAUGAAGGAAAUGAAGUGGAGGAGGCAUACAAUAGUCCACAUGGAGUAGAAGAUGAUUCAGUGGCCGGUGCUGCUGCUGAUGAUGAAGGAAAUGAAGUGGAAGAGGCAUGCUACAGUCCACUAGCAGUAGUGGCUUCGGAGUCUGAGAGUGAUGCUGAAGCUGCUUAUCUUCCUAAGGCAAAAAGAGCAAAAAUGAGGAGAGUCGUUGAGGACUCGGAUGACGAAGCAUAAUAAAGACAUGUAAAUAUGAAGAAAAGGUUUGAAGUUUUUAAUUCUUUGAGAGAUGCCAGCAAGUGGUUCCAGUUUUCAACACCAUUUAAAUUUCUCUUUUCUGUAGCAGUCUUUUGGAAAUUUCUUUGUAGUUUUUGGUGAAGAAAAAUGUAUUUGAUUUGUGUAUAGUUUUACUUUUUCCUGCGUUAGAAGUAUGGAGUAAUGGCAAACCAUCUAUAUAAGUAAGAUUAAAGAAACAAAUUCCAUAUUAUUACUAUUGGGAUAUACAGUGACCAUGUAACUAACUUAUAUGUAUGGAGUUA